GUGAAUUGCUGGAGGGUAUCCACUAUCCUUCGCCCCUCCCCCCCAUCUGUGAUAAGAGGUAAUACAUCUAAACUAGAGAUCAGACUUGUUUCUUAUAUGCGAUGCCAUUCCAGCACUGGACUCAUGGAGACUGAACAUUUAUUCAGAUCAGGGAUACUGAAGCACCAAGAGAUUAAGUAACUUGCCCAAGAUCACACAACUUGAGUCCAUAGAGGCUGCUGUAUUCUAUUGAAGAAGAUGUCUAACAGUAACACUACUCAAGAGACCCUGGAAAUAAUGAAAGAGUCAGAAAAAAAACUGGUAGAAGAAUCUGUAAACAAAAACAAGUUUAUCUCUAAGACUCCAAGUAAGGAAGAAAUUGAGAAAGAGAGUGAAGAUACCAGUUUGCGUCAGGAAACACAGGAUUAUGAGUUCCUUUUUGACAAGAGGCGGACAUCCAACCAUGGUCAUGCCAGGAAAAGAGCCAAGUCUAACUCCAAGCUGAAGUUGGUACGCAGCCUGGCAGUGUGUGAAGAGUCCUCUGCCCCAUUUGCUGAUGGGCCAUUAGAAACCCAGGAUAUAAUUCAGUUGCACAUCAGCUGCCCCUCUGACAAAGAGGAAGAAAAAUCCACAAAGGAUGUCUCUGAAAAGGAAGACAAAGACAAAAACAAAGAGAAGGUCCCAAGGAAGAUGCUGUCUAGAGACUCCAGCCAAGAAUAUACGGACUCCACUGGAAUUGACCUACAUGAAUUUCUUGUAAAUACACUGAAAAAGAACCCAAGGGACAGAAUGAUGCUGCUAAAAUUAGAACAGGAGAUUCUGGAAUUUAUUAAUGACAACAAUAACCAGUUCAAGAAGUUCCCUCAGAUGACCUCAUAUCACCGGAUGCUAUUACACCGGGUAGCAGCCUAUUUUGGGAUGGACCACAAUGUUGAUCAAACUGGAAAAGCUGUCAUCAUCAACAAAACUGGUAACACAAGAAUCCCUGAACAAAGGUUCUCAGAACAUAUAAAGGAUGAGAAGAAUACAGAAUUUCAACAGAGAUUCAUUCUCAAGAGAGAUGAUGCCAGUAUGGACCGAGAUGAUAACCAGAUCAGAGUUCCAUUGCAGGAUGGAAGGAGGAGCAAGUCAAUAGAAGAGAGAGAGGAGGAAUAUCAAAGGGUCCGAGAGAGAAUAUUUGCCCGAGAGACUGGCCAGAACGGAUAUCUAAAUGACAUCAGACUCUCCAAAGAAGCCUUUUCUUCUAGCUCUCACAAGAGAAGGCAGAUUUUUAGGGGGAACCGUGAGGGGCUAAGCCGUAACUCAAGCAGCCGCCAGAGCAGCACAGACAGCGAACUCAAAUCCCUGGAGCCACGGCCCUGGAGCAGCACGGACUCUGAUGGCUCUGUCCGGAGCAUGCGGCCCCCUGUCACCAAAGCCAGCAGCUUCAGCGGAAUCUCCAUCCUCACCCGUGGUGACAGCAUCGGGAACAGUAAAGGUGGCAGUGCUGGAAGGAUCUCCAGGCCAGGUAUGGCACUAGGUGCCCCAGAAGUGUGUAACCAGGUCACCUCAUCCCAGUCUGUCCGGGGCCUUCUCCCCUGCACUGCCCAGCAGCAGCAGCAGCAGCAGCAGCUUCCUGCCCUCCCACCCACGCCUCAGCAACAGCCACCCCUGAAUAAUCACAUGAUCUCACAGCCAGUCCCGGCUCUGCAGCCCUCUCCGCAGCCUGUUCAGUUCUCUCCAGGCUCCUGUCCCCAAGUCCUUCUGCCAGUCUCUCCGCCCCAGCAGUACAACAUGGCAGAUGACCUCAGCAACCCAUUUGGACAGAUGAGCCUCAGUCGCCAAGGUUCUACUGAAGCAGCUGACCCAUCCUCAGCUCUGUUCCAGCCCCCACUUAUCUCCCAGCACCCUCAGCAGACUAGCUUCAUCAUGGCUUCUACAGGACAGCCUCUGCCCACUUCCAACUACUCCACCUCUAGCCAUGCACCACCUACUCAGCAAGUCCUGCCACCCCAGGGCUACAUGCAGCCCCCUCAGCAGAUCCAGGUUUCUUACUAUCCCCCUGGACAGUAUCCUAACUCCAACCAGCAAUAUCGACCUCUCUCUCACCCGGUGGCCUACAGCCCCCAACGUGGUCAGCAGCUGCCUCAGCCAUCCCAGCAGCCUGGUUUACAGCCCAUGAUGCCUAACCAGCAGCAGGCGGCUUACCAAGGCAUGAUUGGGGUCCAGCAGCCACAAAACCAGGGCCUGCUCAGCAACCAGAGGAGCAACGUGGGGGGCCAGAUGCAAGGCCUGGUGGUUCAGUACACUCCACUGCCUUCCUACCAAGUCCCAGUGGGUAACGACUCGCAAAAUGUGGUCCAGCCGCCUUUCCAGCAACCCAUGCUGGUCUCUGCAAGCCAAUCUGUGCAAGGGGGCCUCCCAGGUGGGGGCGUCCCAGUGUACUACAGCAUGAUUCCGCCAGCUCAGCAGAACGGUACGAGCCCUUCUGUAGGGUUUCUGCAACCUCCUGGCUCUGAGCAGUACCAGAUGCCUCAGUCUCCCUCUCCCUGCAGUCCACCACAGAUGCCACAGCAGUACUCAGGAGUGUCACCUUCUGGACCAGGUGUGGUGGUUAUGCAGCUGAAUGUCCCUAAUGGACCCCAGCCCCCCCAGAAUCCAUCCAUGGUCCAGUGGAGUCACUGUAAAUAUUACAGCAUGGACCAGCGGGGGCAGAAACCUGGAGACCUGUACAAUCCUGACAGCAGUCCCCAGGCCAACGCCCAAAUGAGCAGCAGCCCCGUCACAUCUCCUACCCAGUCUCCAGCACCCUCUCCUGUCACCAGCCUCAGCAGCGUCUGCACAGGACUCAGUCCCCUUCCCGUCCUCACACAGUUCCCCCGGCCUGGGGGUCCAGCACAGGGCGAUGGGCGCUACUCCCUCUUGGGCCAGCCAUUACAGUACAAUCUGUCCAUCUGCCCUCCUUUGCUCCACGGCCAGUCGACUUAUACGGUGCACCAGGGACAGAGUGGAUUGAAGCAUGGAAACCGGAGCAAGAGACAAGCACUCAAAUCUGCCUCCACUGACCUGGGGACAACAGAUGUUGUUCUGGGGCGGGUGCUGGAGGUGACAGAUCUCCCUGAGGGCAUCACUCGUACCGAGGCGGACAAACUCUUCACUCAGCUCGCCAUGUCCGGCGCCAAGAUCCAAUGGCUCAAGGAUGCUCAGGGGCUGCCUGGCGGGGGUGGGGGGGACAACAGUGGGACUGCCGAGAACGGCCGCCACGCGGACCUCGCUGCCUUGUACACCAUCGUGGCUGUGUUCCCCAGCCCCCUGGCUGCCCAAAAUGCCUCCCUUCGCCUCAACAACUCUGUGAGUCGCUUCAAACUUCGAGUGGCCAAAAAGAACUAUGACCUGAGGAUCCUGGAGCGAGCCAGCUCCCAAUAAAGGGAGGAGGGGAAGGAACCAGCACAGCAGGGGUGACGGCAGGGUGGAGGGCAUUGAGAGAUCCUGACAGACCAUGGACAGAGACAGAAAGGAAGGUGACAGACACUGAACUGGAGCCUGAGACAGGAGGGAUGAAGAUGG